UGGCUCGCUCAACGUGACGUGAAGAAGACGGAGCGAGGAGUCGAGGAGGUGCUGGCCCUCACACACUCUGAAGACCCCUCGACAACAACAGCCUGCCCCAUGACACUCACCAAGCAGAUCAGACCCAAACAAGCACUGAAGAAGAAGUGAGAAGUUUUAGAGGCCGUGGACCCAGCCCCCCGAGGCACUGAAGAAGCGCGCCCUAGUAGCCCUCUACUGGUAGCCAACAGCCUGGACACAGGACUUCAUCAUGACGAGCAGCAAUGCCAAGAAGGAUCUCCCUCCCAACUGGAUAGUAAAAACCUCUCGCCAUUACCCUUCACUGUCUUUCUAUGCAAAUGUGAAGACAGGGCAGUCAUCAUGGAAGCACCCAUCUCUGCUAAAGGAGAGUGAACUAAAGGGCUUGGCCAAAGUGAAGAGGAAAAAGAAGUCAAAAGAGAUCAGCUCAGAGGAAGUGAUAGCAGCCACCAGAUCCAGCAGUGAUGUAGUGAAGCAGGAAGGAAGGCCUCAUAAGAAAGCAAAAUUUUCCCCUUUGAAUAGUGAACAGUUUGCAGCAUCUCAGAGGAAGGAUCAAGAAGCAACAUCUCAGAGCAAUGACGAAGACUCAGCAUCUCAAAUUAAUACACAAGCAGCAGACAGCACUGAGGAUCACAAAGCUUUGAAAGGUAAAGAAAAAUUAGAUGACAGAUCUUUUAAAUGGAAAACUUUGGAGAAGAACCAAGAGUCAAAUAACACCUCUGAAGAUUACAAACCUAAGCCUAUAAAAUUUACCAUCAAAAAGAAAAAUGUUUUAUGUAUCUCCUCAGUGAUGGAAGGUUCCCCCAAGCAGCCUGUUACAGUUCAUCCUAGUAUUAUUUUGGCUCGGAAGAUUGGUGCCAGAGAUCACAUGAAAACAAAAGGAAAAAAUCAGGAUGGCAGGAAGGAAACAGUCACCAAAAAUGAUGUGCAAACUGCAAAGAUCAAAGGUGUUGCGGAGAAAGCGUCAGAAUUCCCAGCUGCUGCCACUGAGUCCAACACAUCCAAGUUAAAAAGUGAAUUGAAGAACAGAGCAUUGCUCAAACCAUACGAAGUCAAUGAGAGCAUGUCAGAAAAAGAGAAAAGGAAGGGGAAAGGAAAGGAAAGACAAAAAAAUAGAAGCAAGACUUCAUUAAGUAACCCUGAUGCUGAAACAACUGAUGGACUUCAUGAAACAGAUAAAAUAGAAGUAUUGCUAGAUACAAGUGAACAAAAAAAAGACAUCAUUGAAAACAGAAGGAAAGAAGACAAGAUGUAUGAAGACUUCAUCAAACAAAGAAGUAAGAAAUGGAAAAAAUCAAGAUAUAAAUCCAAAGACAGUAUAGAUAAGAUCACUUUAAAGUCAGAGGUAAGCAGCGAUGAAGAGCACAGCAAAUCAUUGUCUGAGAAUCUGAGGCCAGAGCAGCCCAAGGAGGAAGCUCUGGAAGAUAGACUGAAUUCAGGUCUUCCAUCAAAACAAGUGCCUUACAUUGACAGUUCCAAAGUAUUUGAACCUCUGCCAAAGUCAGCGUCAACUGAUGACAACACUGUUUAUCCAAAGGCCACUGACAUGGAGAUAGAUGAGGAGGAACUCAUUACAGAAAUCGCCAACUUCCGGGACUCAGCGAGUUACUUUGGUUUGACUCAUAUUAAUAGCUUAUCUGCCCCAACUGCCCACUACAGCCCUGCAUCAAUAUACUUUGUGGUAGAUACCAAUGUCCUCAUUCAAGAUACUGACUUCCUGGAACAAUUAAAAUCAUCCGCCGUGGAUGGGAGAGAGAUUGUCGUUGUGGUGCCAUAUGUAGCCCUUCAAGAGAUGGACGGCCUGAAGAAGAGUGCAUCUAUUGGCCGUGCAUGCCAAAUGGCAGUGAAGUGGUGCAACAGGCACUUUGAGGCACAGGACCCCAGGGUGUUGGGCCAGACCUACUCAAACUACCGCUAUUCACUGGAGAAAAACAAAAAGGCUAAUGCAGAUGACCUGGUGCGAGACUACUGCCUGUUUUUGGCAGAUGAAGGGUUGGAAGUGUGUCUCCUCACCAACGAUGUCAAUCUCCGCAAUAAAGCCAUGAUGUCCAGCCUCUCUGCAAUCAGUGCCAAGGAUCUCAAGAACAAACUUAAUAUGUUCCCCAGCAGCCACCUGCUAAAUCAAUCCUCAUCUAUAACACUUCCUCGGGCAGUUUGCACUUUUGAGGAAUCACAGAUGAGGGAUGUCAGCCUGACUGAGUGUGCCGUGAGUGUGGCUGAGACACAUAACCUCAAACCUUCACGUCAUCAGGCAUCACUCUCUGUAGGCCAAGGACAAAGGCAGGGCAGCUCAGGCCAGAGAGUUAGCAGGGUUGAUAGUCCAUUGCCCUCCAAGAACAGUAUAUUACAUGAGAAGAUUACCACAUCCCUAUGUCACACUCUUGGCCACAUUCUCCAGGAUGUAAUGAAAGAGGUCUAUGAGGAUCUGUGGCUCACCAUCAUCAAGCACAAGCCUCCAUGGAGCCUUGAGGACGUGUUCGCAUGCUGGAAUAAACACUGGAUUGCUGUCAUGAUGGAAAGGUUUCCUAGUAGCAUGAAGGAGUUACUAAUGGAAGUCAGCAGUUUACUCACUUCGAGUCAGGUUGAUGCAGAGAAGCUCCUGAAAAGAGUACAGUUUCUCUACUCUCACUUUGAAUCAAUGCCAUACAGCAAGCACAUUCUUCCAAUCCAAAACCCUUCUGAUGCAGUUGACAUGUCAGAGGCCCCUCCUGCCUGCACCCUACCCCACCCCUCCAGCCUACCAGAGCCUCACCAAGACAGUGCCUUGAGUGGGGUAGUCAAUGUGGAAAAGAUGAUCAACCAAGUUGGUGCCCACAUCACCCACUUUGUAGCCUUAGUACUGAGUGCCUUUGGUACCCUGCACAAGCUGCCCACCCUUGGGACCAGUGACUCAAUGACGCCAGACACUGCAAGGACCAGUGGCGUAAACCUUCACCAGGUCAUCAUGAGUUUGGGAACAGCCAUAACAAAAUGUUUAAAUGAAAAAACCUCUGCAGCUCUGCAGGAGUUGGGUCACCUGCUUGUUAACUUUUGGUCAGAAGCCAAACUGCCAUGCCCACACCUGCCCUUCACAGAGUGUGACUUGAGGCAAUUUGUGGAGAAUCCCAGUAACAUGCCAUUCCUGGAAGGUGCCUUGCGGGAGCUGGAGAAUCUUGUUCAGCAGCUGAGACAAGUUUUGGCCGGCCCCUAACUCAAAGCUGACAGCAAAUA